UUUCUCAUUUCUCAUCAAGUGACUUAUUCCGCGUACCUUUGGCAUCGCCAAUAGCACUAGAAACCAAAAUGGCGUGGUGCAAAAUUCUAUUGGCGGUGACUUUGGUCGUCUUACAUUUUGCUUUGCCUUCUUUCGCUCAAAAUUUGAAAAAAGAUUUCUUAGAUGCUCAAAACAAUGCUCGUGCGGAGGUGAAUGUUGGGCCAUUGGCUUGGGAUGACCAAGUGGCUGCAUAUGCACUAGCAUAUGCAAAACAAAGAAUUGGGGACUGUAAUCUUGUUCACUCCGAGGGUCCAUACGGAGAGAACAUUGCAAUGGGAAGCGAUGACAUGUCUGUCGCAGAUGCAUUGAAAAUGUGGAUUGAUGAGAAAGCCUAUUACGAUCACGACUCUAAUUCGUGCGAUUUAGGUGAGGUUUGUGGCCAUUAUACUCAAGUGGUUUGGCGCGACUCAGUCCAUGUAGGGUGCGCAAAGGUUAGGUGUGACAAUGGAGGAACCUUCAUUACUUGCAACUAUGACCCUUUUGGUAACGUGGUUGGACACUCACCUUUUUGAGACUUGAUAUUAAUAAUCAAAUUACCAUCUAUAUAUAUCAUUGAAGGAUGUACUAUUUUCGUAUGCUUCGGAGGAAAAGAUUUGCUAAUGAUGUAUAAUGUAUACAAGCCAUUUAAACUUGGCUUAAUGCUUUAGUUGAGCUUUUUAGGUUGGAAGCAUGCGAUUUAGCAAGGAGGAUUUGCUCUUGACAUGUCUAUGGAGAUGUACUAGAUGGAAGAUUGCCUAAAUAGUAUCCAUGACUUAUAUGCCUCCAUAUAUAUAUUGUAUGCAUCAAGAACAAAAGGUUGUGGUGCAAAGUUUAUUUCAUAAAAUUGAUAUUUGAAACUU